UGAAAUGGAAUACAACUUUAUGUUACCUUUCAGUGUAACGUUGCCGGGGACAGUCUACAUUCCGUUUCACGAUGUCUAUACUAACCUGAAACUGAUUCGUGUCCUAAUUACUACGGCUUGUUACAUCAAACUUGCAACUUGUGUUCAGCAGCAAGUUUUUUUAUAGAUUUCGGAUUUUGUCGUGUUCAAAGCGGAUAAGCAAUUCUAAAGCUUCAACGUUCAGGCCUACCCGUUCAGUGCUGGGAGUAGGAUUCCGGAGAGAUUCUAUCGAUCACCGAUGAACGAACGGAUACAUGUCGAUCGAAAAUGUUGCUACCACAAGCAGAAAAUAACGUAGAGUAAUCGAGCAGAACAGUUCCAAACAGUUGCAGGGUUGCAUUUAUUUUUGUGGAGCUCCUUAACUCACGGUGCAGCCUAUGGAAACUGCUGUCGAAGGAUACCGCGAUACUCCGUUGCACGAUAAUACCACGCUGCACGAGGAAGGUGCAGCAGUGCGCCUCAACAAGGAGAUCGAUCGGUUACGAACGUUCGACAACUGGCCGGUUGAUGAGAUUCCUCCGAGCGAACUAGCCCGAUGGGGGUUCUUCUACGCUGGUAGCCGUGAUGUUGUGCGGUGCUUCUUUUGCAAGAUUGAGCUUGCACACUGGGAAGCAACCGAUGUGGUGCCCCUGGAGCACUUGAGAUGGUCACGCCAUUGUCCACUGAUGAGGAAGCUUCCCACGGCCAAUGUGCCACUCGAUGCGAACUUUCUCGACCAGCUAGCGGAUGUGGUGCCGGAUGUAACUGGCAGUGAGGCAGAGCCUGAGUUAAACAUCGGUCAAACGUUUCGCGGCCAAACCACCAACAUUGCAUCCGUUCCGAACGAACCCGAUCUGCAGCCAGAUGCCGUCCCAGUGUACCGCCCAAAGUUCCCGGCCUAUCAAAUAGAGGCGGCACGGGUGUCCAGCUUCAAGGAUUGGCCAAAAUCGAUCAAGCAAACCGCACAGCAGAUGGCCGACGCUGGUUUCUUCUACACGGGAAAGAGUGACAUUGUGCGGUGCUUCUGCUGUGGUGGUGCCCUAAGGGACUGGAUGGGCGAAGAUGACCCGUGGCGAGAGCAUGCGGUUAACUUCAGUGGAUGUGCCUUCGUGAAACUGAUGAAAUCGGAGGACUUUAUUGGCAGCAGUCAGAGGGCAACGCUGGUGAAAGAUAGCAACUCGGAUCAGGCGAAAGCGGCGGUACCCAAGCCCGACGAAGCUUCCGACGACGAAGUGCCAGAUGAUAGAUGUUGUAAGGUGUGCUACAACCGACCGUACGACACAGUUUUCAUGCCCUGUGGGCAUGUGGUAGCGUGUAGAAGGUGCGCUAGUUCCUCACCCAAAUGUCCACUGUGCAACGAGCAGUAUACCGGCAUUGCACGGAUUUAUCUACCGUAGAGGCUAAGCAGCAAGCAGAUUUGUUUAAACUACGAACACUUUACAUAAUUGUAGGAAGCUUUUAAAGAAGGUUUAAAGUAUUAUUGUUAUAGAAUUGUUGUACAGAAUUGUUACUAUAUUUAUAAGACUACUUACAUACUUAAGGUGUGCAUUGCGAUCAAACUAAACUUGUAGUGUAAAAAGUUGUAAGAUAAGCAUAUUAGUAGCUUGUACAGUCUAGUCUAGUCUAGUAAAAAACUAGUCAAGUAAGUGUACUUGACGCCGUAUUGUACCAUAUUUAUUGAUUUAGUGAAAAAAUAAAGAAGACUGUUUUUUUACCCGUAGCAAAGUAGGCUGCCGUAACGGGAGGCGAUAUGAAUGGGAUUUGAAGCCCGGCUCUGCGGGUGUGAAGGACGGCUUAUAUCACACGAAAGGAAUUACCAAGGACAAAUUUCGCUAGAUUUACAAUUGACAUUCGUUGCUUUAAUCUACUCACGUGGAAGUAACGGUGGGUCUGAUAUGGGUCCAACUGGAUGACUUUGGACAAAUCCAUCAUACUGCAGUAAGGCCAGAGGCUAAAGUCUGAAUAGAUGACCCCUAAUCAGACUUUAGCCGAAAACCCUAGCUAGAAAGAGCGCUAUAAAUAUAUUGGCCACAAGCUAAUGCGAAAAAAAAAAUCCAAAUAAAUGUUAUCUUAUGUAGAAA